AUAAUCUGAUCAAAGCCAUCCUGUCAGCAACCAAAGAUUACCGUCUAACUCCAGCUCUUGAGAGUCUCAGCUGCCGGCGAUGUAUUAUUGUGGGAAAUGGUGGAGUACUUGCAAAUAAGUCAUUGGGGUUAAAAAUUGAUGACUAUGAUAUUGUUGUCAGGCUGAACUCAGCUCCAGUGAAGGGCUUUGAAAAAGAUGUGGGUGGCAAGACAACUCUCCGGAUCACAUAUCCUGAAGGUGCAAUCCAGAAAAUGGAGCAGUAUGAGAAGGAUUCCCUGUUUGUUCUGGCGGGAUUCAAAUGGCAGGAUUUCAAGUGGCUGAAAUACAUUGUUUACAAGGAGAAAGUG